UUUUACUUUUAUUCAAUUAUUGUUUUAAGUUGCUUUGCCUCUAACAUCCUUAUGAAUAACCCACUAUUCAAUUUAGUUCCCACGCGUAACAAAAUCAGAAUUGGAGCAAUACCAUUUGGUAAUUAGCGUUUGGCACAAAGAUCUGCUUUCACAAAACGCACCCAUUGGAGAGGCGUCGAUAAGCCUCCGCGACUACGACUGGGACUCGGCUUGUCCCAUAUGGUAUCAACUCGAAGGGAAGACGGAGAUUCCACCCGAUCCAUGUCCAUGGAAAACAGCGACAGCGAACGUCCACAUUCGCCUGACGUUCUCACUGUGGGAUCGAGAACGUCGGAUCGGCCCACUGUCACUGCUUCUUCGAGACGUACAGUUUUCCGAAAUACCUCCACAAAUUCUAGCACAUCGUCACGCAACUCUCGUGGCGUCCGCGUAA